GAGCAGGGGGAAGGGAGAACGAGCCCACCGAGGAUAUUCAGAAAGGGUUGUUUGGGGACUCCAAGGCUGCAACAACAAAAAUUGCCACUGUGUGGAUUAAAAGGGGGGAGAGGGAGAGAGAGAGAGGAGGGAGGGUGGAAGCAAAGGAAAAGAGGGAGGAGAGAAGAAACAGAGAAGCAUCAUUCUUCCACCUCUCUCCCUCUCUCUCUCUUUCUCUCCUACUUUACAGAAGCCAAAAGAGGACAAGGAAUAUGUUUGAUAACACCCAGUACCCCUAUAAUUGCUUUAAUUACGAUGGGGAUGAUUACCCAACCUGCAGCUCUGAUGAAGAGAAAAGGUUCACCAGACCAGCAUACAGCUACAUCGCUUUAAUUGCAAUGGCCAUUCAGCAGAGCCCCUCCAACAAAGUGACUCUUUCUGGCAUUUACGACUUCAUCAUGAAGAAAUUCCCUUACUACAGGACAAACCAGCGAGCCUGGCAGAACUCCAUCCGCCACAACCUCUCCCUCAACAGCUGCUUUGUCAAGGUUCCCCGGACAGAAGGCAAUGACAAAGGGAAGGGGAAUUACUGGAGCUUUGCAUCGGGAUGUGAAUCUAUGUUAGACCUGUUUGAAAACGGGAACUACAGGAGAAGGAGGAGGAGGAAGAACGUCAAAAGGGAACCCAGAGACAAACGGCCAAAUGGCGGGAGCGACUGCUUGCAAGCUCUGUCCCCAGUGGAUUCAGGAUUCCCCGGAAUCAACUCCUGUCCCGGUCAGAGAGUGCAAUCCCAGCCCAAAGCUUUGGAGACUUGCGAGCUUUUUCCAAACGCCGCCGCCAGCCGAGAGAGUCUAAACAGCUCCUCCAUAGGAAAAUCUGACUCCGAAAUUAAAUUUAGCAUUGAUUACAUUCUCUCCUCCCCAGACCCUCUGCCUGUCCUGAGGUCUCCGUAUCACACGGAAGAUAAUAAAUACCACCUCUUGGAUUCUCAGCAGCUGGUGAACCUUCAGUUUUGGACAAUGUGAGCUUGCAUACUGGGGGGCAAACUGAGAAGGAAACAAGGGACUUUUUUCUGUCCGACAGUCACUGCAGUCGUCCUCAGGAACAGGAGACUAGAUGCUUCAUUGGGCUAUUCAAUAUCUCAAAAAUGAAUUUCUCUGAGGUUGGAAACUUACCACUAAACCAUCCUACUGCUUGUGAACUUGCUUAUGGGUCUGUGGCACUUGCCAGUUCCUGCUUGAAUCGAGUGUAUCUGGUGGCCCCUUUCCUCCCUUAUCGGGCCCAGCUGGGCUUAUUCUGAGCACACCAAACAGCACCAAGUAGCUGGGUCAAGCUGCCAUUUUCAUUUCCCACAAUGCCCCUGAAAUGGGCUGGGAGCACCUCUGGCCCUCCAGAGGUUGCUGAACUACAACUCCCAUCAUCCCUGAUCAUUGGCCCAUCCUUGGUUGGGCACUGGUGGGAGUUGGAGUCCAGCACUGACUGGAGGACCAAAGGUUUUGCGGCCCUGCCCUAAAAUGAUUGCUAGACCUGACUGCUUGGAGCUCUGGUCUGAGGGGAAAUAUUUAAAGGAAGGGUUCAGGGCAAGAAUCAGUUAUUGGGGGCUGUCAGGUUGAUAGGGUUCACCCCACAAGGAUUCCAAGUGUGAAGCCAGCCUUAAUCGGCGGUAUAAAAUAAAGGUUUUCUUUUCCACGGUCAUCUGAUUACACUUCACCACAUUUCUGUUCUUUCAGGAUGUUGGAAUUACUAUGGCCAGUUUUGUUCUAUGGUUGCUGUCCACACACACACACACAGAGAGAGAGAGAGAGAGAGAGAGAGAGAGAGAGAGAGAGAGAGAAGCAGGGGGGUUUUCGGCCAAAACUCUGGCACCUCUCAGCUGGGCGCCAUUGCCAUUCUAAAAGAACAAGGGAGGUGUUCAUGGUGAGUUGCACCAUUUUUCUAGAAAAAUAGCACUGCGGACACAGGUGUAUUUGAGCUUGCCGCGAUCACACAGAAUCAGCUCAAGAAGAAAACACACACAUACCAGAAGUGAGCCAAGAUUUCUCAGAAAACAUUUUUCUGAGGAGAAUUUCUGAUCUGGCUGCCUAGAAAAUAAAACUUACUUUGCCAAAUG